AUGGCUGAAGAUGCGGACAUGCGCAAUGAGCUGGAGGAGAUGCAGCGAAGAGCUGACCAGCUGGCUGACGAGUCGCUGGAAAGCACCCGUCGUAUGCUACAACUGGUUGAAGAGAGUAAAGAUGCUGGUAUCAGGACUUUGGUUAUGUUGGAUGAACAAGGAGAACAACUGGAACGCAUUGAGGAAGGGAUGGACCAAAUCAAUAAGGACAUGAAAGAAGCAGAAAAGAAUUUGACGGAUCUAGGAAAAUUCUGCGGGCUUUGUGUGUGUCCCUGUAACAAGCUUAAAUCAAGCGAUGCUUACAAAAAAGCCUGGGGCAAUAAUCAGGAUGGAGUUGUGGCCAGCCAGCCUGCUCGUGUGGUGGACGAACGGGAGCAGAUGGCCAUCAGUGGUGGCUUCAUCCGCAGGGUAACAAAUGAUGCCCGAGAAAAUGAAAUGGAUGAAAACCUGGAGCAGGUGAGCGGUAUCAUUGGAAACCUCCGUCACAUGGCCCUGGAUAUGGGCAAUGAGAUCGAUACACAGAACCGCCAGAUCGACAGGAUCAUGGAGAAGGCUGAUUCCAACAAAACCAGAAUUGAUGAGGCCAACCAACGUGCAACAAAGAUGCUGGGGAGUGGUUAAAUGUGCCCAUCUGUGUCCUCUUCCAAAUGCUGUCGGGCAAGAUGGCACCUUCAUGCUCUUGUCAUGGUAUUACCUAGUAGGUCUGCACACAUGCACACAUCAAUCCGCCCCCAUUGUGAAUGUUGUCUUGUGUCAUCCAUCAGCCCAACAAUACUAUGUGUCUUUUGUUCUUUCUGGGUCUCUUUCUUUCCAAAGGCUGUAUAUAGUGGUCAUUUGGUGGCUCUAACUCCCUACAUAAGUUGUCUUGGGUUUCAUUUUUUCCUUUUCUCUCCUCAGUGGCGUUUGCUGAAUGACAACAAUUUAGGAAUGCUCAAUGUGCUGUUG